CACAUUUUUUCUUUAGAGUUAGUGUAGGAAUUGGCAGUACCAACAUUCCUGAAACAAUUCUAACCAAAAAAAUCAAUAAAUCUAGGAGAAUUGUAAUAGUGGUUAAAAUUUAAUUUCUUCGAAUGAAAUUAUAGAAAUGGCUUGUUUAUUGGGUGGUCGUGUGAAAUUAGUGUGUUUUUUUCGUCAACAUUCUCUGCUAAAAUUUGACGAAAAAAAAUCAUCGGAUUAUUUUUUGGGUUAUCAGGAAAAAUGAUUUGAAAAGAAGAAAGAAAAAACUAGUUAGCCAAGUUUAAAAAUAGUGAUAUUAUUUGAUUUUUUUUCGGUUGGUAAAAAUGGAGGAAAAAGUAUAUAAGAGUGAUCUGUCCUACCCCGUGGAAGAAAAAAAGUGCCUAAUAUAUAGAGUGUUUGGACAAGUUCCUGCAAGGUUAGUGCUAUACUUGCUAUCAUGGUCCGGUUUUUUGGUAUCCUUCAUGAUGAGAAACGACAUAAAUUUGGCAAUAGUGGCCAUGGUUGCCGAUCCUGAUACACCGAAGAGGCACAACUCAACUCAAGAAUAUUGUUUUGUGACGGAGGACGCGGCAAACAACACAGCUCCAUUGGACUACGGCGGAACACUGGUAUGGACCGGAAGGGUGCAAAGCUACGUUUUGGCGUCCUUCUAUUGGGCGUACAUCGUUUCGCAGGUGGUCGGCGGCGUUGCCACGCAGAAAUUGGGCACGAAAAAGGUGUUCGGUUACGCGCAGCUGGCAACUGCGCUUUGCAGCUUGUGCAUCCCGAUUGCGGCCGAGACGCAUUUCAUGUUCGUGAUAGCGCUCAGGUGCGUGCAAGGAUUCGCAUCGGGUUUAACAUGGCCUGCGAUGUACGCGUUGGUCGGACACUGGAUACCGGUACCAGAACGAAGCAGAUUCAUGUCGAGUUUUCAAGGAUUCAGCAUCGGAAUCGGCAUCACGUACCCUCUGGCGGGAUUCCUGAUCGCCCACCUGGGCUGGCGUUCCGUGUUCUACACCACCGGCUCCAUCGGCGUGGCGUGGUGCUUGAUUUGGUACUUGCUCGCGUUCGACAGCCCGGAAACUCACCCGAGGAUCUCGCUGAGAGAGCAGCAGUACAUAAAGGAGAACACUGUCAACACUUACGCGGCCGCUCGCACCCAGUCCGUUCCGUGGAAAUCGAUUUUGACCUCGAUGCCGGCCUGGUCGAUUGGAAUCACCACUUUCGGAAGGAUUUGGGUGCACUACGUUUUCAUCAUCCCAGGGCCGACGUACAUGAAGAGCAUACUCGGAUUUAGCAUCGAAAAGAAUGGUAUCCUAUCUGGCGCCCCCUUUAUUUGCAGCUACAUAGCUUCAGUACUAUUUUGUUACAUUGCCGACAAACUAACUACCAAAAAAAUCAUGUCCCUUACAAACGUGAGAAAACUAAUGACUGCCUUAUCUCAAGUAAUACCAGGAUUGCUGGUAUGUCUAAUAAGUUACCUUGGUUGUGAUGUCACGUUGGUUCUGAUUGUUUGGUUUGUAGCAGUAACCAUGAUAACAGCCUCCUACGCAGGCGCAAUGGCAAAUGUCGUCGACAUUUCGCCGAAUUUGGCGGGUCCAGUGCUAGCUUUUGCGCAAACAAUCCACAUGACUGCAAGUUUUUUGAGUCCCCUCGCGGCUUUCUACAUUUUGGACGAACAGGAAAAUCGCAUUGAAUCUUGGAGGACAGUUUUCUACCUUACCGGCGUCAUAGCUGUCGGUACCUACGUCUUCUUCCAGAUAUGGGGCACCGCCGAUAUUCAACCGUGGAACUACUCGAACGGUCCAGUGAACACUGCCGAGCAAGAGGAGCUGAUGCUCGAAAAAUCCAAAAACGGCGAAAUUGUCAUCUCCGUGAACGGUACAAACGGCACAAGUAACGGCAAAAACGGCAAAAGCAAUGAAAUAAAUGCUUGAAUUAAUCGAAAUUUUGCUCCAGCUUUGCCAAUGCGAAAAUUUCUAUUUUUUUUAUUUUUUGGUUAAUGUGUAGUGUGAUACUCUCUCUAUUGAAAAAUUCCUCAUAUUUCAAAUGUGAUAAGUAAGUAGAUUUUAGUAGGUAGAUUCUUUACAUGAUGAACUUAAAAAUUGUAAGAAUACAGCACUUUUUUGUUUGUUUUUUUAUGAUUUUUCAGGUUUAUAAAGGGGCCAUAAAUAUAGGUAAUUAUAUUUGGUUCGCAUUAUUUUUGGUCCAAUUUUAAAAAUUGUUACUAUUAAAUAAAAAAAAGAGGGACAAUCUGCAAGUUUGUAUUAAAAAAUACAAACUUUUUAUAGAUUUAUUUUAGUGCAGUUAGUAUGUCAAAAAAUCAGGGAGUACAUCGAAAAAAUUCCGAACUGGUUUUAAGUCAUUUUAUCUUGUUCCUAUUGGUCAGGCAAAAAAGUGUUACAUUUUUAAUAUAAUUGUUUGUAGUCAAAACUUUAUGUAUUUAAAUCCUAAAAUUAUUUUCAAA